AUGCUCAACAAGCUUAAGGGAGAGGAGGUGAAGGCAGUAGCAGUGGUAGCAACAGUACGCUGCGGAGGUUCGGCGGGAUGCGUACUAGCCAAUCGCCUGUCGGCCGACCCAACCAGAACGGUGCUGUUGAUCGAGGCCGGAGGUAUGGAGGACGCUUUUGCACAGAUUCCGCUGUUCGCACCGCUGCUCAUCGGGGACAGGUUCGACUGGAAAUACUUGCCUGAGCCGCAGGAACACGCCUGCCUUUCCAUGAAGGAUCAGAGGUGUCCGUGGGCACGCGGAAAAGCCUUGGGAGGCUCGAGCGCCAUAAACUUCAUGUUUUAUGUUCGCGGGAACCGGCGCGACUACGACAUUUGGAGGGACGAGUUCGGAGCGUACGGUUGGUCCUACGACGACGUGUUGCCGCACUUCAAGAAUAUUGAAACAUCGAGAGUUCCAGACCAUGAAGAGUUAUAUCGUGGCACUACCGGAGAAAUACCUGUGGUCUAUGCGAAUACGCAUACUCGUCUGAGCGAAGCGUUCUUGGAAGCCUGUAAGGAAAAUGGCUACCCCAUCAUUGACUACAAUGGAAGAUCACAGGCGGGGUGCUCCAGACUGCAAGCCAAUAUGCUCCGUGGUGAGCGCUGCAGCGCUAGCAAAUGUUUCAUCACGCCUAUAUUACACAGGAAAAAUUUGCACAUUUCGCUACACAGCCAUGCUACAAAGGUGCUUUUUGAUGGAAAGCGUGCCACCGGAAUACGUUUUGCCAAUCACGGUAGGGAGUACCAAGUUAACGCUACUCGCGAGGUCGUCAUCUCGGCCGGAGCCAUCGGUUCUCCUCAGUUGCUCUUGCUGUCAGGCGUCGGCCCUCGCCAUGACCUCGAAAAGCUUAAGAUUCCUGUCGUCGCUGAUCUACCGGUGGGCGAAAACCUUCAGGAUCAUAUGCACGUCGACGGCAUCGCUGGCACGCUUCGUUGGCCAACCGGCAUUAACCUUUUCAGGCUUUCGACAGUGACUAAGUACGCGACCAGGCGGUCAGUGGCUUACUUCGGCUAUGCAAGGAUAUACCUAGCGUGA